AGUGGUGGUGGUGGGAAGGGAAUUCUCUUCUCUCUCCUCUCUCGGUCUAAGACCAAGAUGGCGUAGCGUUCUACGCUACGACGACGCGCGAGCAUCGGUGAGCAUCGGAAAGCGACGCGGCGACCGUUCCUCUCCCCCUUGGCUGUCACCUCGCGAAUGUGUUUAUAGCGCUGUAUUUAUAGCGCUAACGCGUAUCCCAAUAGGAAAUAGAGCUCCGGAGUACAUGUAACGCGAAGAUGAGUGUACCCCCCUGCGACUGGCAGAUCAGCAAGCAGAAGCUGUCGGAGCGCGGCCAGCAUCUGCUGGAGACCGGGCAAUGGUCCGACUGCAACUUCAUCGUCGGCCAGGAGCCCCAGCAGCAGACGCUCAAAGGGCACAAACUGUUCCUGGCCAUGUCCAGUCCGGUCUUCGAAGCUAUGUUCUUCGGCGGCAUGGCGGAGAAGAACGAUCCGAUACCGAUAAGGGACGUUCAGCCAGAGGCGUUCAAAGCCUUACUGGAGUACAUAUAUACGGACAAGGUCGAGCUGGGUUCCUUCGAAUUGGCCUGCGAAUUGUGCUACUGCGCCAAGAAGUACAUGCUACCGUCUUUAGUAGAGGAGUGCACAAAGUACCUGUGGUCUGAUCUCUCGCCGAAGAAAGCUUGUAGAGCGUACGAGUUUGCCAAGCUCUUCGAGGAACCUGUGCUGAUGGACAAAUGCCUGCAGAUCAUACACACCAGGACGGACGAGGUGCUGAAGGAGUCCAGCUGGGAGGACGUCGAGCUCGGGACGCUUCUCAAGGUCUUGGAUCAGGACGCUCUGCAGAUCAGCUCGGAGAUUGAGUUAUUUAGCGCGCUGGAACGAUGGGCCAAAGCGGAAUGCUCUAGAAAGUCUCUCGAUCCGACCAAUGGAAAGUCACUCAAGUCCGUCAUUGGAAAUGCCCUCCUAAAGAUCAGGUUUCUGAGCUUGACGCCGCAGGAAUUUGCGGAGGGUCCCGGUAUGUCACCGCUGGUCACGAAAGACGAGGCUUUGGCUAUACUGAUGAACAUCCUGUGUACCGGCAACAAGACACCUAUGCCCGAAGGUUUCUGCACUAAUUCCAACAGCAGGGCAAAACUGGUCAAGCAACCUCAUCCCGCAGUUUUCGGUUCCACGAAUACAGGAAAAACACAUACAUUGCCUGGAUACCGAGUUACGUUUCGCGAGAUGAUGACUUCAAGACACAUUUUUGCUCCGUACGGCAAUUUAAAUACGUGUAUUUCCGCACGUUCUGGCUUCUUAAACGACGGAGAGCCCAGCAGCAGUACGAUGAGAAACACAUCACCGAUACUGGUGGAUGCGAGCAUAAACAAGGACUCUGGAAACUUGCCCAAUACCUCUUCCACGGUAGUCGUACGCGAGGGACCAAAGUAUUAUUGUCUCAGAUCGGUGGUUCAGCAAACGGAUUGCUUGAAUACAAAUGUGUUAGACUGUUCCAUCACGUUCAGUGUGGAUAAAAAUAUUUGUGUGGUGGGUGUACAGGUUCCUACGCAGAUCGCGGCGGCGAGUAAUUUCACUCACGCCAUAGACGCCGAUACGUCUUACACCGAAAUUUUGUACGCUCAUCUCCUCGAUUGCGACGGCACCCGGUUGACGUACACACAUUUCACCACCAAAGCGAAUUUUGGUACUCUCGUGGAAAUUACUUUCAAUCGACCAGUUUAUAUUCAGAAGCACAAGGUUUAUCGAGUCGGUGUGGUAUUUAAUAAGGCUGGAUGGUACCCAGUAGGAGUUUGCGCCCAAAACAUGUCCUGUGAUUCUGUGUUCUUCUCGUUCGGCGUGGGUAAUACUGCACAUGCAAUUCGCGACGGUCUUAUUCGAUCUAUAGUUUUCACAUAUCAUUAACGCAACGAAUCAGGUGACAGAUGAAAAAUCGCAUACACACUUUAAAUUUGUGAUAAAGUAGAAAUCUACUUUUACGUUGUAUAUUAUAUUAUUUUAUUUUUUAAAAUUUAUCAGUGUCUUUCAUUGCAAAUUGCAAAACUUUGGGGCAACACCAAUAUUAUACUCAUCAAUUCUAGUUAUAAAGAUAUAAUUUAUUCUAUAGAUAUGACUUUCUUUAACACGUUCGCUACCAUGCGUUACAUGUAUGUAUGACGCACCAAUUUUCGUGAGAGAAUCGUACAUACGUAAUACAACUUUGUAUCAUCGUACAUAUGUGACGCUUUAUGCAACACGUUCUUGUUCAGUACAUGUGUUUGUAAGUGAAAACGUAGCAUACUGUGCAUACUUAUUAAAAAUAAAGUUUGUAGCGGUUGGUUUUCCAGCGGUAGCGAACGUAUUAACUUAUGGUAUUGAUAUGAUUGUACAAUAUACUUUUACUAUACAGUAUUGUAUUUUGUACAGUAUACUUUUACAAAAAGAAGAAUCUAAAUUUUACUGUUUAAAAAAACUUUUAUUAUUUCGUCUUACAUAUGAAUUUUUUCAUAUAUUUCGAUUUUCCUUGUAAAACAUCAAUUCAAGAAUACAAUGCAUGUAAAAAGUAAAAAAAUUUAUAACUUAA